UUUAUAGUGUGUACAGAGAUCAUGACAAACCCCUGCAAGAUUACUGAAGACUUAGAGCAGUUUAUUGUAAAAGAUGCUCCUCCUACGGUUUACUACAUUCCAGAUUAUAUAUCAGAGACAGAAGAGGAGCAUCUGUUACAGCAGGUCUACAGAACCCCCAAACCCAAAUGGACUCAGCUGUCUGGAAGGAGACUUCAGAAUUGGGGUGGACUGCCCCAUCCGAAGGGAAUGAUUUCAGAAAAGCUUCCUGAUUGGCUGCUGACCUACACAGAGAAGAUAUCCGCACUGGGUGCAUUUGCUGGGAAAAGUGCCAACCAUGUACUGGUGAACGAGUAUAAACCAGAGGAGGGGAUUAUGCCUCAUGAGGAUGGGCCGCUGUAUUACCCCACAGUAACCACCAUCACUCUGGGUUCCCACACACUGCUGGACUUCUACAGACCUGUCAGCCAGACCCAGACUGAGGUUCCGCAGACGGAAGAGAGUCGGUACUUGCUGUCGUUGUUACUACGGCAACGCAGCCUCUUGAUCCUGCAGGGUGAGAUGUACGAGCGGUACCUACACGGCAUCAGGGGCAGCGGCGUGGAUACGCUGACCGAGCGUGUGGUAAAUCUGUCGCUGGCAGGGGGGCAGGUGGGCAAGACACUAACCCGCGGCACCCGAGUGUCCCUGACCAUCCGUCAUGUGCCCAAGGUCUGCCGUGCCAGCCUGCUGCUAGCCAGAAAGUGACCCGCUCGUAACAGCCAACAGGAAGUGGCACAAUUGAAGAGCCAGGAGGUGACGCCCGGAGGUGACACAUACCGGGAGGGGCAGAAUCAGAAAGGCAUGUGAAGGAAGACGGGUGGAGUUUAGUCAGACACAUUGGAGAAGGGCGGGAUUGUCUCUAAACUUGGAUUUUUGGGGGUAAACCCACAAGUGCAGCUGGUCAGGUGAACCUGGCUAAUUCCAGAGGCUAAAAGGUGCUCGUUUCCACAAAGACUUGUAUUCAAAAUUGAACAAAAUAAUUUACAAUUAAAAUAGAUUCAUAAUUUUUACUAAAAUAGUGUGCUUAAUUAGGACACAACCAAAUAAGUUAUUUAGAACUCAGUAUGUGUUCUGGAAUGCACCCUCCUCUGUUCAAACAAUGGGCAUUUACUUCCUCCACAUUGCUCCGGUCCCACCGCACCCCUGAUCGGGAUAAAGUGGUUAGAAUAAAGCUCUGCAGCACUGUAAAACCUGAUCAUCUGCUUCAUCAUCCGUUUAAAUCCGGAUCAACAAGCUUCACCUCCGCUGGGUAGAAUGUAUUCGACUGUCGCGGGCGGCUCUGUGCUGAUCGUUUGUUUAUGCAAAUAAUCUCUCUCAGUCUGAAGUGAUCAUGUUACCACCACGAAGAUCCAGCAGCAUUUCUGUAAACACUGCAGAGAGACGCUGGUACAAUAAAGAUCUAAUAAAGAUCAUUCUGUAAACUA